CUGGUACCGGUCUUCGGCAAGUCCACUCGGCUCCCACAUCCUCUUGUAACCACAUCACUCCAUCAUCUCUUGUCCAGGCCGUGCCCGUUGAGCCCCCUCUAUCCGGCCAAACAAUAUUUCAAGCACACAGCAUCCCUCCUCACAGCUCACAACUCCUCGCAUCGUACCGCCCCACGUUUCAUUUUGAUGAUGUCUCUAACUUGCUUAUGUUCUCUUAUCCACGUGUUGAACACCUACGAGAGAUGUAAUAGCUUGGGGAGGAGGCCUUCAUCCAGCAGUGGACUAAACAUGACUGACGAUGAAGAUGAUGGCCUUAAUGUGGAUCAGCAGUCAACUCAGAGUUCGCACAUCGGGUUCAAUUCCGCCCAAAUUGUUCAAUUAAAUUCGGCUCAUUUGUUUCGCGGAGCCGUGUUGACACUGCUGCUGUUGCUGUUGUGUGACCUCGACCGCUGUGUGACGAUGAGUGUGCCUGCAGGCGACGCUGUGCUCCCCGUGGUGGGCUCUGUAUCAGUGUUCUUCACUGAUUUUCAGAGUGGGCUCACUCUCCGUUGAGACACACUCGGUGAGAGGCAGUGUCGGCAGCGGUGUUGGUGGAGAGCGUGGAGGAUCUGGAGCUGCUGGUGGCGACCAAGGUGGACGCACUGAGGCUGGCCCUGCAGAUCCGAGAUGUGGACGCGGAUGACAAGUGGCUGGUGCGCAUGCUGCACAGCGUGGAGUCCGAGCUGCAGGAAGCUGAGGCAUUUGUGCAGGAUAUGCAGCAGCUGCAGAGGCAGCGAAACCAGAUUGCGCUCGAAGUGCAGGCGGUGAUGGCACAAAUCACCAGAAAUAACGAAUCGCUGCAGCACAUGCUUGAGAACCUGCCAAGGCACCUGCCCGGGAAGCAGCCUCCGCUAGCGGCCAGCAUGCAGGCCAGUGGUGAUCCCCAUUUCGCUGGGGCCCAAGGGGGGGUCCAGGCGACCGCUGUGGCCCCAUUGCAACCCGCACAGCCUCCCAAGAAGGAGCGACCGGCGCCCCCCCCAAUCCCCGCAAUCAAGAUCCUCACCGUGAGCGAGUUCGAGGCAGUGCCAGCGUACCUGAAAGGCCGCAUGGCGUACGAGCAGGUGAACGGCACCGUGCACGAGAUAAAUUGCGCGCUCGCCUCCAAGUACACGCUGCUGCGGCAGCCGAAGCGCUCGCUCGGGGAGGCUGCCGUCAAGCGGCAUCGUGUCUACCGCGAGCAGGAGACCCCGCACACCAAAGGCCACAGCUUCUUCGUAGAUGACGACCUGCGCGAGAACUCGAAGCUGCGCGUGGACAAGCGCCUCUUCAACCUGCUGGGCGUGCUGCGCCACUGCCAGCGCCUGCGCGAGGUGCGCGGGGGCGGGCUCACGCGCUACGUGGUGCUCUGAGCACCGCCGGCGCCACCGCCGCUUGUCCCGAACCCCCACACGCUCGCCCCCAAGGUGGUCAGGCCUUUGUGUCGUGCUGGCACGCCGAUGGAGGUUUCGCGAUUGCCGAGGUGGCUACAUCGUGUGAGCUGCCGCUGUGUUCGUGCCUCCUGUGAGAUUAUUGCUGUCCCUUUGAUCGUCAAUCUUAUUUGCUGCCUCCCAGAACAAUAUACAUAUUGUGUGAA